GAGGUAUUCACAUGGUCUAAUAUCGGCCUUAACGAGAAGACAGCGGAGUUGAUUCCGGACGAGAAGGUGUCGGAUAUCAGAAAAGGAUCAGUAUGUGCAUUCAUUGCCUGGGUUACCUACAUCUGCAUGGUGUGGGCCUUCAAGGGCGUGCUUGUCUUUCUCUACAACCGGCUCACGAUGGGACUUGCGCAACAUCGAUUGACAAGGAUAGUGGGGAUCAUUACAGUCGGCACGUUUCUCAUAUCAAUUUUCUUUCACCUGUUCGACUGCAUGCCGAUACACAAGAACUGGCAGGUUAAACCAUAUGCUGGAGACAAAUGUACAUUACGCCCAUUGAACUAUAUCCUCAUCGAGGCUAUCAGUGUUGUGAAUGAUCUGGCAAUCAUGUGUGUCCCGAUCCCACUCAUUCUGCAUGCCCAAAUCCCCCUCUCCCAAAAGAUUGUUCUCGUCGCUCUAUUCUCCUCCGGUAUCUUCGUCAUGAUCUGCGCUGUUCUUCGUGCCUAUCUCUCCGUCCGAGACAUCAAUCACCUUUCCACCGCACUCGGCUGGGCGUCGCGUGAGGGAUUCGUAUCAGCAUUCAUCGUCUGCGCACCAGGAAUCAAGCCACUCUUUACGCGAAUCGGAUGGUUCAAGUCGUACGGGUCCUCGAAUAACAACGGCAACAACUAUGCCUCGACCCACAAAUCACGGAUGUCGGGAUUCGCCUCCCAUCAAAGCCGAGAGUUCAACACGCUCAAUUCUACAAGCGAGGCUCAUCCGUACGAGAUGUCCUCCAGGGCCUGGGUUGGCCGAAGACGGGAUUCAACCGGUGAAAGCCAGGAGCAUAUUAUUGAAGCUAUGCCACAUAAGCCUGGCGACAGUCCUGAACAUGGAAUCGUGGUGACGACGAAUGUUACGCUGGCUCAUGAGGUCUGCCCUCCGCGGAUGCAAUCGCCUGAACCGCGUAGAACCUGA